AUGAAUGGAGUACGUAAUUUGCAUUACAGUAAGCAAUGCAUUGAUGUCCCUUUUGCUAGAACACCAGAUGGCAAUAGUGUCACUGAAAUUAACAAAUGUGUCAUCAGCACCGAUAUCUAUGGAAAUCAAUUCUACACAUUGAUCUGUAACGAAGCUAAAUUAUGUAAUGCUAAUUGUAAUUGGAUUCCAUCCGUUUCACCAGUACCUGUUGUACCUCGUUCCUCUUCUUCCAGAUAUUCCAAUGAAGCUAUGGUUUUCUACUACAUCUUGACAAUUUUUGUAAAUUUCAUAGUUAAUUAUAUUAAUUAA